AGGGCCGUUCCCCUCGACGUCACUUCACGAGAGUGGCUCGCGCGACGCCAAGAUCACAGCUGUCAAUCACUUAUCCGCAUCAGCAUCCGAAUGGAGCGCUAGCUGGCGAGCUUAGUUACAUUGUUUGUGUCUAUUUAAGGUGUUACACUUUUCUUCACUUGAAACAUGGAUAUGUUUGUUUCAAAUGUGAAAUGUCUCACAGAGCGCCUGCUGCAGAAACAACUGGCUAAUACAGAUGAGGUUAUUGAGAAGCUCUUUUGUGAAGAUUUCCCAAGAGUAACACCACUGGAUCCUCAGCUUGAAGAAAGUGCCAUUCAGCUGUGGAAUUGGGCAGUCACCAAACGUGUGGGAACAGCCAUAAAUGAGCACCAGAAAGCAAAAGUGCGUCAUGUUGCAUGCAGGCUGCUGUACUCCUGUGAGCCUGAGAAUCCAGCAGAGGGCGCUGUGCGCAAACAGAUCCUGAUGGCCAGCAAGACAGGAAGAACUUGGCUAGACUGUAAAAAGCCCCAGCUAGCUGAUAACUUCCUGAGCCUUGCUGUCAAAAGCUUGGAGACACUGUACAGCCGACUAACAUCCCGAGACCAUGGAGGGGCAGACAUCAACACAUCGAAAGGAGAUGUGGAGAAGGACCUGCUUCGAGUUCUGUCUUACCAAGCAGAGUCGGCACUUGCUCAAGAGAAUCACCAAGAGGCUGUGGCCUGCAUGCAGCGCUGUAAAAACAUGCUACUGCGGCUCCCCAAAGAGACAGGCUAUCUCUCUCUCAUGUGCUAUAACUUCGGAGUGGAUUCCUACAAUAUGAAAAAGUAUGAGGAGAGUUCAUUCUGGUUGAGCCAGAGUUAUGACAUAGGGAAGAUGAAUAUAAAAUACUCCCCUGGCGCUGAAGUGCAAGCCAAGGUCCUGAGGCUCCUUGCCACUGUCUAUCUAAAGUGGGACUGUCAGCAGUUUCAGGAGAAGGCACUCAAUGCUGUGAACUUAGCCAAUAAGGAAAGUGUGCAUCCCUCUGGGCUCUACCUGAAGAUCAGAAUUCUACUGAGAUGUGGGGCUCAGGAUGACCACGUAAGAGCUGGAGUGACAGAGCUGCUGGAGUCAGAGGUUCCUCUGGAAGUGUGUCUAAGCACAGUGAAACUACUCAUGGCUGAAGACAGAGAGACAUUGGCCUUUGACUACCUGAAGAGGGUGUGCCAGCACUUUGAGUCGUCCCCUGAACUGGGCAGUGCCCUGGUCCUGCACAUUGAGCUGCUGCUGCAGAGAGGCAAGGAGCUUCUGGGAAAACAGAAAAUAGAGGACAUCAUCACAGGCCACUACACUGGUAAACAGCUGUCUCCUCAGACUCUCACCUGUUUACAUCUCCUGCUCUGGGACAAAGCCUCCAAGAACUUUGAGACUAAGAACUUCUCAGAGGCUCUGCAGUGGUAUAACUACUCCUUGAGUUUCUACAAGGCUGGCCAGAUGGAGCCCAACCUGGCCAAGCUUCAGAGGAACAGAGCUUCCUGCUUACUGCAACUGCAGCAGCUGGACAAGGCCAAAGAAGCAAUAAAGGAGGCAGAGAGAUGUGAUCCAAACAGCAUCUUCACUCAGUUCAGUGUUUACAAGAUUGCUGUCCUGGAGAGCAAUGUGGAGAAAGCUGCAGAGGCAGUGAAGGCCAUCGCGGCUCUGGCCCAAGUUCCUUUGACCAGUGAGGACAGACUGCUAGUGGCUGAGAAUGCUGCCUCCAACCUCCUCAGUCUUGCUGCUCAGAUCGCUCUGGAGAAUGAGCAACAAGACACAGCCAUGAAGGCUCUGGAGAGUUUGUGUGAACACUCAAAAGAUGAAGCUCAGGUUCUCACUGCUCUCAGGUGUUUGGUUCGACUAGUGCUCUCAACAAUAGAAAAGGCCAGUGGGGAGAUAGGACAUGCGAAUCUGGAUAUUCUGCUGUCAUAUCUAAAAAUGGCACUGCAGAAAGUGUCACAGCUCAGCCCAGGGCCUAGCAUGGCUGUAGAGCAGCGCACAGAGGACGCCAACUGGUUCAGGAAGAUUGCUUGGAACUCUGCGCUGCAGUGUGAGAGCAGCCCUGACAGGAUGAGGGAUUUCUUUCUGUUCUCUUACCAGCUGUCCCAGUUCUGCCCCCCGGACCGGGCCGUGUUGAUGGGCCAGAAGACGUGCCUGCUGAUGGCUGCUGCUGCCUCUCUGGAGCUCUGCAGGAAGUCUCCACACUCUGACCAGACGGAGCAGCUGACACAAGCCCUGGAGCACAUUCAGAUCUGCUGGGAGGUCUGGAAGACUCUUAAAGCAUCAGGGGACAACUCCAAGGACCCAACCAACAUUUUGCUGCUGCUGUAUGAGUUUGAGGCUCGUGCCAAGCUCAACGACCCCAAGGUGGAGACAGUGCUGGAGUCAGUGCUGGAGCUGGAUAAUGUUGAGAUCAAGGUGUUGGAGACCAUGGCAGCCUUGGCUAUGGAGCCUCCUGCCCACUUCCCUCUGCUGUGUAAGAAGGCCUUGAGGAUCACUCUGUCUCUGCACAGGAAACAACCACAAGCAGACCUGGCCCGCUGCAGCCAGUGUGUCCACAGCCUGAUCCAGCUGUCUCUACCCAGCGGCGUGUCGGAUGUGGAGGCCCGUGUGCUGGAGGAGGUAUGGGGCUACUAUGAAGAGGCCCUGUCCAUCAUCACAGCCGCACCUGAGGACUUCCCUGAGAUGGAGAUCCUGUGGCUGCUGACCCGAGCCUGGAACACAGGCAUCCUGCUGUAUAGCCUGGCCCAGUACCCCGAGGCUGAGAGGUGGUGUGGCCUGGGCAUGAGCUUCCUCCAACACCUGGGCUCCCUGCAGGAGAGCUACCAGACACAGAUGUCAGGUCUGUACAGUGAGGUCCUGGACAGACUAGACAAAGCCAAGAAGAACCUUAUCAUGGAGGAGUGAUCUUGCUGGUUGAGCUCUGCAGAGCACUUUUAAUGUCAGGUGCCUGAUAUCAUCCAUGUGGUAGCUGGGAUGGUGGUUUACUGUAUGAAGUCUCACUGGUUCCUGUGACUGGUCUUCAGUUUAGUCAGCUCCUCCAGGAUGUCAGUUGCAUCCUGCCCUCCCCUAAUAUUUCCCUAUGGAGUUUAGAUAACCAUUUCUAGCUUUUGUAGUUCAUGUUUUGGUACUUCUCUACAUUAAUAAAAAUAAUUAUAUCCCUCCCCGAUAUUACAUUCAUAUGAAUUUUACAUUGUCUUAUUUAAACAACUACCAAUACCAGUGGACUUGAUUUGGUGAGAAUAAAACACAUCGAAAUCAUAACCAAGUCACAUUUUAUUUUCAAACAAACUCUUGUCCAGUCCAAACCGAAAACCCCAAACAAAAAAAGUUGCAGGACUGUGCUCCCUCAUGACUAGGACAGGGAAGACCAUUUGGCCCAGCAUCCUGAUAGGCUCAAACACCUUCAGUGUGACAGGAAGGAAACUACUGUACAAUCAAAGAAUUCGCAAGCACUUACUGCACAGGUGUGCUGUCAAACAACUCAUCACCCAAAAGGACAAACCAGAACCCAACAACCCCCCCCCCCCCCCAGAAAAGCUUACAUCAUCAUGUCUCUCACUGGAACAAAGACCCUCAUCAAUUAUAUACACACGGGCAUUUAGGUUCAAUCUUGUUAUACCGCAACUUCAAUGGAAAGGAUGAAAAAAAUCGAGUUAUUUGGGCUUUAUUGACUUGAUUGCUGACCGAGGGGUAUAAAUACCAGAUAUGUUAAACAGUCAGCUGUGUUUCAACUAAAAACAGAGGACCAGGUCUAAAUAAGAUAUUCAUCAAUGCUCCACCUGGUUUCUGGAAUAUAUUGUAGGUUGCUGCCUGCAUCUUGUCUUCAUUCUUUGAAUCUAUACACCAUUUUCCACAAGAAAUAACAUGUAGACAGGCCCUACUUGAGGGAAUUCAAUUCCCAAUGGACUAAAAAGUGUUCCAAUAGGCAGCUGAAGAUUUGUCUAUAGAGAAAUACCAACAUUACGUCACAUGUAUGAAAAAAUUGGAAAUUAUAUCUCGGAAUAUCUGUUUACUUACCUGUCAUUUGUGAUCUAUAAAAAUGUUUUGUCCCAGUUUAUUUCACACAUGCAUGAAGCACAGGUGAGGGGGGGAUCUGCUGGGGGCAUAUUUACAUUUGACAGCUACCACACCCUUUGAAACAGUCUGUAAGCAGUUUAUAAAUGGCUCUGUUCCCUUCGGUUAUUCCCUGAACUCUGGUUUUGACACAGGUAAUGACAGCUGGUUUAGCAGUGGUGCCUGGCAAGUGGGCACACCUGUUCAGAAAAUGCCUGCAUGUACAGGUGUUCGGGGGGGGGGGGGGGCAGAGGGCAAGGUCAUACAGAAGAUGGUCUGGCUCUCAGGCAUCUGAGGAAAACCCUUCCCCUCUUCCAAAAACAGUGGAAAAUUAAAUGUUCACAGGGUAGGGAGCCACAGUAUUCUUAAACAAGUCAGACAUGUCCCCUCACAUGAACAAAUAAACACAGUGCCAAGAUCUGCAAAGGAAGAUUUAGCAGGUUAUUUCAAUCCUGUUGAAUCCGUAAAGCCAACUCAGGCAAGGGUUUACCACAGAAGUGGUCUUCACGAAACUUCACGAGAUAUGCUGAUCUAUUAUGUCUAUUAAAGAGUUCAAUGCAAAUGCCUUUCAAAUCUCUCAAACCAUUCAGUCAGUUACUCUUUCAUUCACAUUUAACAUCUGUGAACUCUUAAAUUUGUCCUUUAAAACAUGGUGUUUCAGUCGCAGGGGGAAAUUAUAUCGGUGCGUUAGAUUCUUGAGCUGACUGAGCUCGCCCCAGAUAUACCAUUGGGUUCAUAACAGUGGCUCAAAACAUACCCAGAACAAAUUUAAAAAAACGUUAUAGAUACAGAGCAUAUAGGUUUUAAUCAAACCCCUCAAGUGUUAUGGAUGGGGGGGACAAUCCAAAAACCAGUUAUAUUGACUCUUUAAUUGUUAGGACAUCCAAUACAAUUUGUCUUGUUCUACCCGUUUUAAGGCCACCUUCAGGGUGGCAUAUACAGGACAGUACCAUGUGACCAAUCAAUCAAAAAGAUUCAUCUCGGAAGGCAGAGAGUGUAAUAGGGUGGUCUGCUGCUCAACAUGGGUGAGGGAGCUAUGGCUGCCCAAAUUGGAAUCCAAUAAAUUCUUAAAUGACAACAGGAAAAGGAUAAAAAUACAGGG